AUGUCUUCCACCCCAUCUCAACCACCACCGGCCACCGGCCCCUCUGCGCAAUCAGACCCCGCCACCUUCGCUCACAUCGAGAACUACAUCUCAACCCGCUGCAACGCAUCCCCAAUCUACGCCUUCCUCUUUAACCCCGGCCUGAAGCUCACUCAUGCCUCCAAGGGACUCAUCAUCGCACGCCUGCCCGUCACCGCGAACCAUUUGAACUCGUCAGGAAGCAUCCACGGCAGUGUCUCGGCGACCAUUGUGGACUGGGCUGGCGGCUUGGCGAUCGCGGCAUGGGACCUCCGUGAGGCAACGGGUGUGAGCGUCGAUAUCAACAUCAGCUACCUCUCAGGCGCCAAGUUGGGAGACGAAAUUGAGAUUGAGGGCAAGAUUGAGAAGGUCGGAGGCAGCUUGGCGUUCACCCACGUCAACAUCUACAAGGUCAACCCAGCCGACGGGACCAGGGGCGCCACGGUGGCGAACGGAAGGCACACCAAGUUCCGCAGCAAAGUAUCCAGCCACAGAUUGUCCAUUCGAGUCAUCAUGAAUGAUCUUCGCCCUAUGAUCACAAAGUUUGCCCUCGACUCUAAACCACAACAAGUCCGAGCAAGCAAGCCAAAGGUUCGCAGUGGCUGCGUCACCUGCAAGCUUCGCCGCGUCAAGUGCGACGAGGGCAGACCAGCGUGCGCGGCUUGCUUGAAGUACCAAGGCCACUGCGGAGGCUACAAAGAAACCAAAACUAAGCCCUCCAAGUUACCACCCAAGCAUCGGUUACUGUAUCCAAAACCGAAACAAGAAAAGAGCAGAGUCCUCGAUGUACUUCUUGAGCCAAACUACUCGACUCUCGUCUUCUCGAGCCAGCUGGAGAAGGACCACUUCGACUACUGGCUAUCCUUCACCAACACCGCCAUUCUGUUCCGAUCCGAUCUGCUCACACAGAUUAUCCCGCAACUCUCAUGGAACGACCCAGCCAUUAAACAUGCAGCUUUGGCCGUAGGCGCCGCGGCCCUAGGUGCCACCACUCGAGAACAACGUCUCCUCGGGCGAGGUAGAUUCGACUCGGAUGCUCUGUUCCACUACACGAAAUCGAUGAACAUCCUCUACUCAACACCAAUGUCUCUCGAACGUACGCUGACAGCGUGUCUUUUGUUCAUCAUCUUCGAGUGCUUUCGAGGCAACAAGGCAGCUGGGUUGAACCACAUCAACCACGGGUCCCGCAUCCUUGACCAGUGCCCACCAAGCCAAGGCGCGGAUUCGAGCCCCCUGCUAGAAGAAGUCAUGACUAGUUUCCAGUAUCUGAGUCUCCAAUCUUGGACUCACGGCGGAGCGCACCCGAAAGAGACAAAGACCCGAGUACCGUGGUGUUGCCGCGGACGCAAGACGCGGUACGCGGUCGACGAAAUGCCCACGAAGUUUGAAACGCUGGAGGCUGCCCGCCGCUGGUGGAACGUCGUUCGCCACCACGUCGAGCACCAUGCACCGCUGUACACUGGGUUCAUAGUUGAGGGAUCUACCGCUCCAUUACCAGAGAAGCCGCCGCUUGAGUACACCUCGCCGAGCUCGCAAGCACGCGUCCGGAGUUUUGUACGCUUCACCGACGCCUGGCACCUUGCCUUCCAACCGCUCGCCGUCAAAGCAGAGACCGAAAAGGAGGCGGACUUCAAGAGCUACUAUAAGGCCAUCAGCCUCAGAAUACACUACUUGUACCUCUGGAGCGUGAUACGCUGUGCCGGCUGGACCGAUGUGGAGGACACCAAGCGCAUCACGCCCGCAUUCAUGGACAUUAUAUCAAUGAGCAGACAGCUCCUCGAGGUCCACGAUGCGGAGAACCGGAGUGGUGCAGAGGCAACAGAGAUUUUCACGAUCGAAGACGGCCCGACUUGGCCUCUGUGUACUGUGUUCCUCAUGUGCACAAUGCCUGGAGUAAGACAUGCUAUCGUCACACUCUUCAAGGACUUCCCUCGGCGUGACGGGCUUUGGGACACAAGUACAUUCCUGGUCAUCAUGGAGUGGGUGAAUACAAUGGCUUCGACGGGUCGUAUCACGAACGACCAACGGCAUGUUGUCGACUGUAAUGUUGUCUUUGGCGAGUCCUCCGUGACCGUUGAGAAACAGCUUUGGGACCCUGUGGUGUUGGAUUGGGAGAGUCGCAGUGUAUGCUUUAGCUACUAA